AUGCAUGUACAGGCUCUAGCAAGUGUCAUUCUUUUGAUAGCAGUGCUCCAACGCGCCCUGUGCGAUCUGCCACAAAAGAGGCUAACUGUACGUAUGUCUCAGAUGACAGAGAAGAAAGUGGUCAACGUACAGAUAAUGUCGCAGAAACGUGUACCGAGAUUCGCUCAGCAACGUAAAGAAAACCUAGCUGCACAAUCUGAAGGUGCAGGUCGCGUCCGCAUCGGAGGAAAUAACGACGGUGGUUCCCUGGCGAUUGGCACGAACGGAAGAAGACUGCUGCAAGGCACUACCGGUGGUCGAAGUGGACAGUACGCUACAGGCGGGAAAAUGUUAAGCUACGCAGCUGGUGCUACGAACGGUGGUGACGAGGCUCUGAGAGUGUCUCGCAUGCAAGCAUACGGAAUGGGAAACAGCGGGCAGUCAGUGGGAGGAAGAUAUGUUAUCGGCGGAAAUGGUGGCUAUCUGGGAAGAAGGUAUGUCAUGGGAGGCACCGGUCAGCCUUUCGGAGGGCGAUACGUUGUAGGCGGCAGCGGUCUUCAAGCCCAGUAUGGUGUGAGGAAUAUGGGUCAGUACGGCUCAUCUGGAAUCUAUGGAGGAAACUUGGGAGGAAGACUCGUGAAUGCUUAUCAAAUGCAACGAAUCCAAGGCGUUCCUUCCAUGGGAGUCUCAGGAGGAUAUCGUCGCAUUGGGCUGUCUUCAACUGCAAUCCAGCCAAGAGCGAUGCGGUUAGCUGGCAUCCCAGCAGUAGAGGCAAUGAGGGUCAUGGGCUCACGAUACAUGCAAGGUAGUGGUGUCUCCGGCGCCAGAUAUGCGCUUCCAGUGUCUUCAUGGGGUGGAAUGUCGUCAAGAAUGGGUGGACUAAGUAAUAUGGGGACAUCGAUAACGGGAGGCAGACUUGGUCGUCUUAGAAUAGGGAGUCUAGAAGGUGGAGACGCGUUAACUGCAUCUGGGAUUGGAGGAGGCAUCGGGGGAGCUUCUCGUAUGGGAGGGUGGAGUGGACUCAGAGGUGGUGGUGCUUCGGCUGGAAGCGGCUCACUCUUGAGUGGCAAUGGUGGGAUCGAUGGAAGCGGCGUCCUAAGCGGAGGCAGUGGCUCUGACGCUAUGGUCGGCAUUGGUGGUAGCGGUACAGGAUCAGGGUUAGGAAUUGGACUAGGAGGUCACGGGAAGAAAAGCAAUGGCUUGGCAGUAGAUGGUGAUGUAGUUGGUUCGGAUGCUCUAGGCGCCGUGGAGAUUGGUGGAGACAGUAGCGGUAGCCUCGGCGGAAGCAUUCAUGGUGGCAAAGUAUCUGGACUGGGAGGUGGUGGAGGAGCUCUAGGUGGAGCAGCUGGAGUUGGAACAGGGGUGGAAGGCUAUGGAAGUGGAUUGAGUGUUAGUGGUGGGGUAAAAGGAGGAGGAGCAGAAGGAGGAAUAAGCGUAAGCGGCCAGUCCGGGCAUGGCAGUUCGUCGCUGCACGUUGGCACACACGGUUAA